CAAAAUGUUUUAUUACCCGUAAUUAAUUUCUGCGACCAGGUUUUAAUCAAACCAGACGUGUUUAUUAUUUGCUCAAUCCCGGGCAAAAAAAUGCAUUUUCUCUUAUUUUUGACUUUGUGCUUCGCAUCUGUAUCCCCAUAUACCGAAAUACAUGACAAAAAAUUUGCCGCUUCCUUAUACCAAGAGUUGGCAAAAAGUUGCAACAACUUCGUCAUAAGCCCUUUCUUGAUCGAAACAGCUUUCGCUGCACUUUCCUUGGGAAGCUCCCGUAAAACGGCUGGAGAAUUCCGCACCGUGUUCCACUUACCCCAAACACAUGAAGCAAUUAAAGGACGAUACAAACACUUCUUCUCUCUUUUUACCAACAAAGGCUACAAAUUCCAAACUGCAAGCAGGAUUUCGCUCCUGGACGAGCUCGAACUCGCCCAAAAAUGGCAAAAACAAGUCCGUGAUAUUUUCAACAUCCAGGCCGAAGUCCUGGACGUCACCAACAAAAAUGCAAGUGCGGAAAAAAUCGAUAGUUGGUUUCGGGAGAAAACGUACAACAAAGUCGAUAAAAUUGUAACACCUAAAGAUUUGAACGUUGAAACGGGCUUUUUCCUGCUCAGUGCCUCACAUUUUGGGGCUUGCUGGGCCAAGGAGUUUGCGAGCAAACGCACACACAAGGAUAAUUUCUACAACAGGGGGAAAUUAACGCAAAAGACGUCCGUUGAUACGAUGUAUCUUCUUGGAUAUUUCAAUUACGGACAAAGCAAGCAAUUAGAAGCCAAGUUUUUGGAACUAACUUUUAUAGAACAACAAUCUUCCAUGGUCAUCAUUCUUCCGGAUAAAAUCGACGGGAUACAAAAACUUGAAACCAAAAUGGAUCAAGUGCUUCAGUUCCGAGACAUGAAGACCACAGCAGUGGACAUUUCGCUGCCAAAAUUCCGAAUGGACAGCCACUUCGACCUCAUAAAGUUUUUACAAAAAUUGGGCAUAAAACAAGCUUUUAUAGAUGGUAAAGCUUCCUUUGAUGGGACUGUAGAAACGGAUUGUGACCUACCUUACAUCACUAAAGUCACCCAGAAAACUUCCAUGGAAAUUAACGAACGAGGAGUCGAAGCCACAGCUGGUCCAGCACAUGCUGCGCCCCCUUCUGUUGCCCCCAGUUAUGUGAAAUUUAAAGCCGACCACCCAUUCAUAUUUUACAUCAAAAUCAAAGAAGUCGUAGUCUAUGUUGGCCGAGUCCUUGCGUUUUAAAUGAAUUAAUAAAUAAAAAAUUGCACAAUAGAAAAA